ACUGUAUCUGAUGAGGUAGGAGGAAAACCUGGAUAGUGUCUUGUCAUUGAGGUAAUGCCAACAUUAUGUUAAAUGUUGCAGAGGCUGUCAACAAAAUGAGGACAGAAAAAUGACCACUGAAUUUAACAACUACCAAUUAAUAACUUGGAGAAGGAAAUGGCAACCCACUCCAGUGUUCUUGCCUGGAGAAUCCCAGGGACGGGGGAGCCUGGUGGGCUGCUGUCUAUGGGGUUGCACAGAGUUGGACACGACUGAAGCGACUUAGCAGUAGCAGCAGCAAUUAAUAACUACAUCAGUCAAUAAAUAUUCUUCUAUAAUAUCAGUUUGAAUGGCUGCUUAGAAUCCCAUUGUAUGGCUCUACCCAAAUCUGCUCAACCAGUCCCGCUGUUGAAUUCUUAGAUUCUUCCCAAACCUUUAGAAUCAUAAUAGUGCCUUGAGCAAGAUCUCAGAAUCGGAAUUUCUGCGUUAAAAAAAGUACGCACAAAAAAAAAAAAAAAAAAAGUACGCACAUUCUAAAGGCUUUUGACAUAGGUACCAAACUACUUUCUAGAAAAAUUUUAAUAUAAAUUCUACCACCCCAAGGAAAUAGAGUAAUUGUUUUUGUAAAGAAAGCCUUUUCUAUUUUUAUAGGUGAUACGUGGUAUCUUAUGUUUGCAUUUUUAUUAUUAACAAAGUCAUGUUUACUGAUGAUUGGUUAUUUAUGAAUGACCUGCGCAUAACUCUCACACCAAAUGAGAGUUGUAAAUAGGGUAAAUUGGUGAACUAUCUAGACGACUGAAAUGUUGGUUUAGCGAAGUGAGUAAAGCAGAAAAACUUACUGUAGAGUCAGUUUGUGACUGCUGGGUGGUGCAUCGACUGUGUGACUUUGGUGAGGUAACUUUUCAGGUCUCAUCUUCUCAUCUGUGAAUUGAGGAUCAGGUCUACCUUGAAGGGUUCUGAACAACGAAUAACGUACAUAAUGCUGGAAAUUACAGUUAUUAAGGUGCUUAUUCUGCAGAGGUAACUGUACCAUGGCACAGGAAUCUAAACAACGUAGGAUGUUGGUCUGAAGAAACUAAGGCUAUUUCUGUCAUUUCCAUCAUCCCUGUUCCAGCCCCUCCUCCUGGGUGUUGGUGGUGUCACUAUGGCAACGAGCACGCGCCGCCCAGGCUCAAUUCUGAAGCGGUUACUGACCUCUGCUGCCUCACUCUCCGCAGACUAGUGAUUUCACCGCGCGUCCCACCCACUAGGUCUCAGAUACAUCUCCCUUGGUCUCCGCGCAAGGAGCCGAAGGGCAGCAUGGCCAAGGCGGCAGCCUCUUCGCCGCUAGAAGACUUGGAUCUGAGUGGAGAGGAGGUCCAGCGGCUCACCUCCGCCUUCCAGGACCCGGAGUUCCGGCGAAUGUUCUCCGAGUACGCCGAGGAGCUCACAGACCCUGAGAACCGGCGGCGCUACGAGGAGGAGAUCACGGCGCUUGAGCGUGAGCGCGGGGUGGAGGUGCGGUUCGUGCACCCGGAGCCGGGCCACGUAUUGCGCACCAGCCUGGACGGGACCCGGCGCUGCUUCGUGAACGUGUGCAGCAACGCGCUGGUGGGCGCGCCCAGCAGCCAGCCCGGCUCUGGGGGCGCGGUGUCCGGCAGCCAGUGGUCCCUGCCCUACAGCCUGGCCCCGGGCCGUGAGUACGCGGCGGGGCGCGGCACCCGCUACACCGUCUACGACGUGGUCUUCCACCCAGACGCGAUCGCGCUGGCCCGGCGCCACGAGCGCUUCCGCCAGAUGCUGGACGCCACGGCCCUGGAGGCCGUGGAGAAGCAGUUCGGCGUGAAGUUGGACCGGAGGAACGCCAAGACCCUGAAGAUCAAGUACAAGGGGACUCCGGAUGCCGCCGUGCUGCGCACGCCCCUGUCCGGAGGCGCGCCGGCCCGACCCGAGGGGGAGCCGGAGAGCCCUCUCCCCGAUUUCCCCUACCCCUACCGAUACCCGGCGGCCGGCUUGAGCGCUGCGGUUCCCCGGCCCCAGGCGCCCUCCCCUCCGGAGGCCGUGCGGCAGCCCGCCCCCACCGAGCCUCGCUACAGCGUGGUGCAGCGCCACCACGUGGACCUCCAGGAUUACCGCUGCUCCCGGGACUCGGCUCCCGGCACCGUGCCCCAAGAGCUGGUGGUUACCAUCGAGCUGCCGUUGCUGCGAUCGGCCGAGCAGGCGGCGCUGGAGGUGACGGGGAAGCUGCUAUGCCUUGACUCAAGGAAGCCCGACUACCGGCUGCGACUCUCGCUCCCGUACCCGGUGGAUGACAGCCGCGGCAAGGCACAGUUCAACAAGGCGCGGCGGCAGCUGGUGGUCACGCUUCCCGUGGCGCCGACUGCCUCGCGCCCGGAGCCCGCCGCGUCCCCGGAAGGGGCAGCCAACCCGCCAGGAACUGACGGUGCGGCCCGCGCUUCCGCUUGCCCCGUGGAGGCGGGCCCGGCGGGGGUUUGUGCUGGGGACGCAAGCUCAGGUCCCAGCCGAACCCGGGCUGCAGACGCCGGGAUCACCACUCCGGACGCCGCCGGGGAGAAGCGCGUCGCAGAAUCCGAGGAGCGGGAUUUCGGCGGGCAAGAGAUAUCAACCCCGGGGACCGGGGAGGAGCCGCCUCCCGGAGCCGGGAACUCACCUGGGGACCGUGGCGGAGGCGCUCUUAGUACUUCCUGCGGGGUCCUUGACGCGGGCCUUUCUGUAGGGAGCGCGAGCGUGCGCCCGACCCUCGGCGUGGAGGCGCGCGAGGUCCCGGAAUGCACCGGUAGGGAGCCGGCUGAUCGAGCGAUGGGUGGUCCCGAGACCGACCGCGGGGAAGCUUUGUGUCCGCCUUUGCAGUGUAGUCAGGAUGAAGAAUCCCUGACUCUGCUCAUUCAAGUGCCUUGGAUCCUGCCUCAAAGUCUUCAAGGGGAAGUGAACCCCCUCUGGUACAAAUUGUCCUUCUCUACCCAAGACUUAGUUUAUUAUUCCUUCUUUUUGCAAUUUGCUCCAGAGAAUAAAUUGAGUACCAAAGAACCAGUGGUUAGCAUUUCUUCCAACAAUGCAGUGAUAGACCUGGCCAAGUCUCCAGAAUGCCAUGGAUACUGGAGAGAGUGGUAUUACGGCUUAAACAACUAUUGUUUGGAGGAAAGGUUAUUUGUCAAUGAAGACAACGUUAAUGAGUUUCUUGAAGAGGUCCUGAGCCCUCCAUUCAAACAGACAUUACCCCUGACGCCACCAUUAAUUGAAGUUCUUCAGGUUACUGAUAGUAAGAUUGAAAUACAUGCAAAGUUGCAAGAAUGCAGUAACUCUGAGCAGCUUCAUGAAAAAGAAGAAAAAGUCCAUGAAGGAAGUCCUCUAACAGAAAAAGAAAAUACAGAAAAUGCUUCCACUUCAACAACUGAUUCUGAUUCAUCUGUAGCAGUCACGGUACUAGAAGCAGACAGUUGUGGUUCAGUCGCAUGCUUGCAACAAGGGGCUCUUGAUGUUUCUCAAAAGCUGUUUGCAAAGUCUCAGCAACCUAAGUCAGAAAAGGAAGGUGAAUUUAUAAAAGACAAAAGUGCUGUUUAUGCAAAUGAAGAAAAAGAUAACUUAAAAGAACCAGCAAUAACUGAAGAGAAAGAAUUGAAUGGAAAUCACCCAUCUUCGUUACUGAACAAAACUGCAGUUCCCAAUACACCUGGUUUUGACCACAUAAAGGAAACCAAUAUGCAGGACGGUAGUGUGCAGAUCAUUAAAGAUCAUGUGACUCACUGCUCAUUCAGUUUUCAGAAUUCUUUGCUUUAUGACUUGGAUUAAUUCUGUAUCAUUUUUUAAUUUAAAGGCUGAGUAAAAACUUUUGGACAUAAAAUAGAUUGUUUACUAUCUUAAAGCCAAAAGUAUUAAAAAAAAGUAUAAAAUUAAAAUUUAUAUUUUUAUUCUUAUGGGGAAACUGAAGCUAAUAUUUUGUGUGUGUGUGUGUACAGUUUAUGUCAAUACAAAGCUUCCUUAAUUAUGGAAAUAAAUUUUGUGAUUCCUCUGUUGUAUAUUUUUUCUAAUGGAGAGUUAAAUGUUUAGUGUCAAUACAACCUGUUUAUAGUCUUGUUUUUGGUUUCUUUUGUUUGCCAUUACUUUAAUAAAGUUUCCAAAAUAUUGUGUCACAAAAAGUAAUUCUCAAGAAUGCAAUGAACUAAAAGCACACACAAUAGAGUGUGUGUGUUGGGGGAAGGAGAAUCUCAAAACUAUGUGUUUAUAAAUCUCACUUAAUAGGAUUUAUUCAGUAUUUAUGCUUGUCAUAGAGAUUCUGAAAGAACUUUAUUAACCAAUAUUAAAUGAUUCAAACAAUACAAAUAGACUGAAAUUUAGUAUUUCUGCUUCAACUCUGUAUCUUACUCUUCUCAUAUGUAAGUCACCAUAUAUAUGUGUGGGUGUAUACAUAUACAAAUAAAAGUUAUUAAUGACUUUGAAAGCUCAAAAUUUAAAAUAAUUUUUUGGAAAUUAGUAAAACAUUCCUUGGUUUUAUAAAAUUAGUUUACAAGUUUUAGAACAAGACAAUUUAAGAAAAUCUGAGAAUUUACUCCAAUAGGAAAAUUGUCUUCCUGUAUUAUUACAUGAAGACAACAAAAGCUAGUGUUUCCUAAUCAGUUUCUUUUGUAAUACCUAAAAGAGGGCAGCAGAUGUUUCUAAUAGUUGCUAAGUUAUGAGUUGUGGAAUAUUUUAUAUAAGGCCAGGAGAAAAUCCCAAUAGUUUCUUUUUUCUCUCACAAAAAGUUUUAGGACAACACGAAAGACAAUAUAGAAAGGAAAGUAUUUGUUGAUCUAAUUGCUGACCCCAAGACCAUGAGCUGCUGAUGUAUUUCCGUUCCAAAGUCAGCUACUAACUCAAACCUCUGGCCUUAUAGUCCAGGAAACUACCUAAUUUCUUUAGUCUUUUUGAACUAGGGAGGUCAGGUCAGAGCACCAAAAGCUGGAACACCACCUGGCAGUUCAUCCUGAUAUGCAGUAUAAAGGAACUCAUAAAACAGAACUAUUUGCAUCAUUAUAGAUGACCAUAUACAUUUUUCAACCAUGACAGGAAUCUCUUGAUUCAGUAAUAAUUUUGAGACUGUCCAUUAGGUACACAAUCUUGAGGUUGAAAUGACUAUUUGCAAUAUGAACACAGAAAUUAGUCUAUGAGUAUACUUUUGGUUGAAUGCAAUGAUGUAUGUUAAGGGAAACUUUUAUGUUAAAUAUGGAAUAAAUUUUAAGCCUGUUUCUUAUUUACUUUGUUGUUUUAAAUUUAAAAGUACAAUUUCUGAUCAAAUAAAGCUGGCUCUAGAACAUG